UUGCAGCAAUUUUAUUCAAAAGGGGUGCAAAUAAUGAUUAAAAAUGUUUUACCAAUUCCAACGAAGGUAAAUGCCCCCCUGUGCGGUCUCCCAUGAAUUUGUGCGAUUAUAAUAAUGAAUGAAAUAAGAACAGAGAUGUGUGUCGGAGAUGAAAGUGCGCUUUCUCGAAAGUGCACUUUCGGAAUCUCGCUGCGACAAGAAAGGGUAGUCUGUAUGCGUCUCUCAGGACGGAGGGAAGAAGCGAAGGAGAGAGGGUGGAUAGGGGUGGAAUCUGCCGCAUAGUGCGCGGAGAUAUAGAGUGCGCCGAGCGAGCCGAGGCCGAGAGGGAAACUCUGACACGGUCGGAUAUCGCGCGUCAGUUGCUAUGCGUCCGGGCAAAGUGGCGAACGGAGCGCGCGAGAGCCCGAGAACGAACCACCGUCCCUGAAAAGGAGAGUCUCUCUCUCAUCCCGGUUGCGGACGCGAAUUAAAUCUCCGUAUUAAAAUACGCUCACUCCACACUGCCUAAUCCUUUCUCCCCGGCGACGACGACGACGACGACGACGACGGAACCGCACUCCCCCAGACGACGUGCUCGUUCGACUUCCAUGCGACGACCGCGGAUCCGGCGCGAUUAGAGCACAUGGUCCGGCGAUCACGACGGCGAUGACCAUGAUCGCGAGUCGAGCCGCGCCGAUCAUCGGCUUCGUCCUCGUCCUGGCGGCGACUUUCGAUCGCGGUGAGGCGAUAAUUUGUUAUCAAUGCAACAGCGAGUACGACCCGAGAUGCGGCGACCCGUUCGAUCCGUACAGUCUGGGAACUGUGAACUGCAGCUUCCAACCUCGCUUGGAACAUCUCAGUCAUUUAGAACCUACUCUUUGCCGAAAAAUCAGUCAAAAAGUAUACGGCAAGGUGAGAGUCGUCCGAAGCUGCGGCUACCUCACGCAUGACACGGACAACGGCGAGUGCCUUAAGAGGACCGGCACCCACGACGUGCGCGCGAAAUAUUGCUCGUGCACUGGUGAUCUCUGCAACUCCGUCGAGAGUCUCCGCACGCCGUCCUUACUGCCAUUGGCGUCCCUCCUGACCGCCGUUCUGGCGAUACCGAGUCUGCUCCUGUCGUGCCCUCCUGUCUCUCGCCAGCCCAAUUCUGCCUAACGAUUCAUCGUGUCCAACCGAGUCACCCGAGUCAAUCCAGCCAGCCGCUAAUAACAAACGGACCGUUCGUAUAUCGAGAUACGCAAGAUUACAGUCAAUUUCGCCAGACGGUUUCCCCGAUUCGAGGGAUGAUAGAGGAACGAGGAAAAAAUGCUAUUUUUAGCCUAAUCUUAGUCUCCCGGCCUAAUUGAACCGAUGGUCAAACGAUAUGAUCGCUUCCACGAAUAUUUUGCUAGAAUUUCAGCUAUCGAAUUUUUCCCUCUUUCUGUCUGAAUGCUAUACAACGAAUCACUUUCCCUACUUUUCAGGAAUCUUUUUAAUUUUUCGCGCGCAUACGUAUUGCAAAAGCCUUAAGGAAAAAAGUGCAAUUUUUUAUCAUUUUCUUUUCUACAGCUCCUUUUAUUCUUCUUUCUCUUUUUUUAUUAUUCUUGAGAUUCUUUUACAAUUUUGAUAAACUGAAAUUCGAUUCGAAAGGAUAUGCAAUUAAUAUUGAGUAAUAUUCAAGAAUAUCGGAUAUUCUGUAUAUGUUACAUAAUUCUAAUAUCAAUCAAGCUACGAACGGUAAACUAUAUCCAUGAGAUAAAUAAUACAAUCCAAAUUAAUGAUAUAGUAUGUAGUCUUAUUGAGACAGAUCGAGCAAACAAUUAUCCUUGUUAGUUUUUUUUCUGCGAUAAAGUUUAAAGACAAGUGAUUUAUUUCUUCAAAAAAAUAUAAAAAUAAAAAAAGAAAUAUGCAAUCGUAGAUAACUGUCAUGGAAGAUCAAAAAAUAUGGAGACAUAAAUGUCAAGUUGGAACUUAUAUCUAUAAAAUAUAAAUAUAUCUACAUAUAAUCUAUCUAUUUAAACAACUUUCAUUUCAAGAUAAUACAAAUUAUUUAUAUUAAUCUAGCAAGUUUUUAUUAAAACAUGAACAAUUACUAUAAUUUGUAAAUGUAUACAUUCGACUCACUUUAUUCUGUUACGUAUAAAAUUUAUUUUCUUAGUCAGUUACAAGCGAUAUAAAUAUAUUUCACCAAACAAAUAUAAAAUCUUGGACUUCUCGCUUCUCAUCAAAGACAAAGAAUUAUCAUACAUUUGCGCCACGGUUUUCUCUCAAAGGAUUCACUGGAAUAAUAUGGCAUGUCUCUCGAAAGACAUAGUGAACAUCUUAGGGAAAUUUUUAAUCUCAUAGGUAGUAAUCGGGUAGAUUUAAUCGACUCCUCGACAGUGUCUUAGGCUGCGAACGGUCUGCAAAAAAUAGCCGGAUUAUAAUAUAGCGUAACGGUGAUAACUGCCAGAUACGCGAAGGCAACACUUUCAGUAGUACAUAUCUUCGCGAAAAAAA